CUGCAAGGGUAUAAAAAAGGCAAUUUCGUUGUACAAUUUCUUUUAAACAUAUUUUGUUUAAUCAAAGUUACAACGAAGUAUUAAGUAUUCCUCUUUGUUGUAGGUACCCUAGAAAGGAUCGGGGAAAUUUUUUUCAAAAUACUACGAAGCAGAAAAUAUUAAUCGCGACUAUCAGUGUUUUCCGAAAAAUGGUUUGUGAUGGACACAAUUCCGGUUGCUUUUCUCUUUCUUUCUUUAUAUAAAAAGAUAUAAUAUCUGGCAUGUGUACAACUUUUCAAAGCUUAAUUUCCUAAAAAUUCAUACUAAUUUCCCAGACCUUUUCCGAGACUCACUACCGAAUGAGCUGCACGGACUCAAAUUUUCUUUGUUCUAACUCUGUUAACCCCCGACAAAUUCUCGAAAAACUUUCCGCCAAGCAUUCGGCUGGCGGAUUUAAAUUCGCCAACACGAAAAUGAAUUGUUUAAAAACCCUGUGCGAUAACAAAUGAUAUUUUUAACAAAUUCCUUUAUGUUUAACGUUUACUAGUUUACUACAGAAAACACCUUUUCUAGCCUUUUUAAAGCUCCAAUUUACACUGGUGUCACCCAUAAAAAAAUUUCCAAAGAACAUGGUUUCUUAAUUUGUCGUAUAAAAAACCAUAUCCUACAAGCAAAACGUUUGUCAAGUAAAUAGAUGUACCUUUCCGAGGAAAUAUCACUUUUUGUGAUCGGACUCUAAUUUACGCAGAUGUUUGCCAUAGAAGUAGUAAAAUUAAAAUUGUUAAGUCUUUUUUAAUAGCUAUUUUUUUUUUUAUAUAUUUAGUACAGAUGGCGGCACGCAAUACAAUUGAAGUGUUCCAUAAGCUGUUGAAUUUUGAUCAGCUGUUUAGGGGGACUAGAAAACGGACUUCACUGCAAUUUCUAUAGAUUUUACCAGAAUCGUCUGUUAAAUUUUUUACAGUGCAAUUUUUAAGUUAUGUAGCUAUUUUAACACAGCUAUCCGUGACAGCACUGGUGUCUAUCGAUAACGCGUGACGGAAAGCACCAUCGAUAGCCUCCGCUCGGACGUGGUUAUUCCCAUCCAUUUGGCAAUGCACCAAAUUCGCGGAUGUGAUGAGAGCUCCCUGUUUCCUGGAAAUAAACAAACGAAGUGGUUCGAGUCCGCCGGAGAUACCUUGCAUGUGGAUCCAGCCAAGUAGCUAGAGGAAGUCAGCGCCUACCCGCAGUUCCGGGAUCGAGGGAUCUCCGACUGGUCAGACAUUGAACAAACAACCCAGAAGCAAGCGAACGCCAUGUCGACGCCGCGAAAUUCCGCUGAGCAAGCGGAUUUGGCGGUCUUGGUGGGCAGCAACAACAACAAUGGCAGCCGCAGCAGAAGCGCUGGUACUCCCAGGAAAUACGCCACUGCCGGAGCUCCGAGCUCCAUCAGAAUGUGCCCCGCCAGCAAUAUGAACAACAACCAAAGCAACAAACAGCUAAACUCGAUCUGCCAGCGAGCGCAGGCGGGCCACAAGCUGAUGAUAAUCAUGCGCGGUCCUCCGGGCAGUGGGAAGUCCACUCUGGCCGAAUCCCUGCUGCGCCAAGCCCACCUGCUCGAGCGAAACAAAGUGCACGACUUCGUCCACAGCACAGACGACUACUUCUGGACGCGCCGUGGGUACGAUUUCAAUCCCACCCUGAUCCCAGCCGCCCACGAGUGGAACCAGCGGCGAGUGCGCGAGAAGGCCGCCUGUGGCUGGAGCCCCAUCAUCGUGGACAACACCAACACGAUGGUGUGGGAGAUGCAGCCCUACGUUCAGUCCGCCGUGCGUCACGGCUACAUCAUUGAGCUGCUCGAGCCGCAGACCAGUUGGUGCAAGUCAGCCAGCAAGCUGGCCCAGAAGAAUGCUCACAACGUCCCACGGGAAAGCAUCCAGCGUAUGCUGGAGCGCUACGAGCGCACUACUGCAGGAGAUCUCAUCAAGUCGAUGAAGGAUACAAAGUACUCGGUGGACCUUCCGCAACUGCGCCAACAUCCGCCUCUUCCUUCAGUCCCGGUCAUUCCUUCAUUUGAGGAGAGCAAGCCAUUGGAAGGUUCAGCCCCAGCGCCACCAGAUAACACCUUUAAGCUGAAUGCCAAUGCCCAAACGUGGGUACCCUUCGAACAAGGAGCGCCGUCAUACUGGUCCCAGACAGCGGAUUCCGCAGAUUCAGGAGUGUCGGUGGCAGCUCUGGGUGUUCCAGACGCUCCGGCUGCUCAAGGUUCACCAAAGUGCGAAGUCUCCCUGAUCGAUCUUCUUCGCGACGAGAGCAAGACAGAGGAGGAAACAUCGAAAGGGGAGUCCAGAGGGGCAAAGCAGUUUCAGAGGCACUGCUUAAACUGUCGAAAUGAACCGGGAGGAUUUGCACUUCUGCGACAGAUGUAUCCCAACAAACAGCUGACGGGCCUCUGGGAUCUGUUUGUCAAGUGCCAGGCUGACGUGGACUGGGCUGUCGAUAUUUUGUUGAAGGAGGACGAGCUUAACGCUGCCACAGGAUCCGACCAGUUCGGAUUGGAGGAAACCGUGAAUUCCGAGGAGGCGUCGCAGUUUCAAUGCGAUUGCGAUAAGUCGGUGGGGAGCCAAGAAUCUCCAGUUGGCACUCCUCUUUCCUCGUCGCCAACCCCGCCAGCAUCUAAAACCGCUCCUAAGCCGCAACGACAACCACGCAACAAAAGAAUUUCGGCCCCCACCAACAAAGAAUUGCAACUGCAAAUCCAGAAUUGCUUUGUUUUAGGCGACGAACAAUACUCAGAGCACACGCGUAAAAUCCGCGACAUCCGUAAUGGAGUCCUGGAUCAACCUAUCGUGCCCAAGAUUCCAGAUGCGCACGAAGCGGCGGAUCCGGAAGAGCCGGAGGAGGACGACUCGGAAGACAAUACUCUGCUGGAAAUGGAUUUGGGGGGCACUCUUAUUGAGCAGCUGCGCGCCCAGUUCCACACGGACGACGAGAUGUUGCCGCCGGAGCAGGUGUUGCCCACCACCACAAAAAUAUUUGUGCCGCGUCAGCUGGCCAAGCAGCUUUACAUGCUGUGGAUGGAGGCAGUGUACAACCAGCUGGAGGAACAGCGCCAGAAGACAAUGCGUGAUGACGAGCAGUUCGCUCGAUUGCUGAAGCAUCCGGGCUACGCCGAUUGCAGCGAGUCCCCGAGCAAUGUGGGUGAGCUGCUGGAUAUGGAGCUGGCCUGGACCAUAUACAACAGCGAGAAGAUGGCCGCCAAGCAGGCCGCCGAGUUGGCGGCUCGCAAGCAACCGCCCAACGACAUCGCCACACACCUGACCAAGAUGAAAUUGUGCGAGACGUUCCCCGAAAUCCCCACCGACACUGUUCUCGAGAUCUUUGCGGCCACCGGUAGCAACUACGGCCAAACCGUCGAGGUCUUGGACAGCAAUGUUCAGAGCGCGCUGAGCGAAGCGGAACUUUAUGAAAAGGCUCUACGAGAGGGUGAAAAACUUAGUGCGGAAGUUGCGUUGGAAGAGCAGAAACAGCAGCACCAAAAACAAUUGCAACAGAGCUCCUCUGGCCAAGGCCAGCGUUCCAGUUCCAGCUCUUCCACCACUAGUAGAUCGCCCUUGCUGCAUGAAGAGGCCAAGUGUGCUGCACUCCGCGACUUUGAGGAGACACGAAACAUGGCCGCCCAUCACUCCCAGCUUAAAGCAGAAUGCUACCUGAAGGCCAAACAGGCGGUGCAGCGCGGCAAUGGUAGCGUAGCGCUUUAUUACUCUGAGAUAGCCAACUUGCAUAAGCAGAAGAUUGACGUCUUCAACCAGAGGGCGGCCAACUGUAUCAUGGAAGUGCAUCGGCACACCCAGAACAAUCCGGAUCUGCUAGACCUGCAUUACCUGCACACGGUAGAGGCGAUCAGCUGCCUGGAUCUAUUUCUCGACCGGCACAUUACCGUGCUACGCAACUCCACACGCGUCUACAAGCACGUGUUCAUCAUCACGGGGCGUGGGCUGCACAGCGUGAAUGGAGUGUCCACAAUUAAAAACAGGGUCAAGUCCAGGUUGGGCGAGCGACGUUUGCGAUGGCAGGAGGUCAACCCAGGGUUGCUACGUGUCAAGGUGUUCUCCGCAUCGCGGCAUUCAAAGAAUUUUUGAUUGGAAGCGAACUGCACAGCGGAUUGUAGUGGGCUUCAAACUGCCAUAUAGGACCAAAGGCAACGAACAGAUAACCUGGUUUACUACCUCAUCCGUUAUUUGACUUUGUAUCACUGCUUACAAAAUUUUGAAGUUGAAUCCUGGCCGCUGUAUUACUUUCGAAUGUGUUCUAUAAACUAUGAGACAUUCCCCAUUUUAUUACUUAAUAUUACUUAAAAUGCUCGACCCUAUUAUUUUUUUAAGUUUUUCUUAUGCUUCCAAAUUAGAAUUCGCAAUCAACUCUGCAAUGUGGUGCUCCAGUAUCUUCCAAUAAGAUAUAUUCACUAAAAUACUUAUUUUUAUACUAUUUUACACAAACUAUCGCUAAGGCAUGAUACUUAUAAGUAAAAUAAUCCUAGCCCUAAGGUACACGUUGUCCAAAAAUUACCAUUAAAUUCAGUUUGGUAGGCAGCUA